AUGUGUCGAUUAACUAACUUAGAACAGCAAAUCGCGCAAUUCUGGAAAAUCGAGGAAGUAUCCGUCGGUACAUUGAAAUCCAUUGAAGAACUCGAGUGCGAAGCUCAUUACAAAAAACACGUAACACGUCAUCCUAGCGGACGAUAUAUCGUACGAUUGCCCUUUCGCGAGCGCGAUUGGCACCUCGGAGAUUCGCGAACCGCGACUCUCGAGCGCUUAAAUUCCCUCGAACGACGACUUAACUCAGAUCCGACUUUGAAGACGGCUUACUCACAAGUACUACAGGAAUACGUUUUAAAGGAAAUGACCUUGAUACAUGACUCUUUGCAUAGUGGAUUUUACAUGCUACACCAUCCAGUAAUUAAAGCUUCGAGCAACACCACCAAGGUCCGUGUAGUUUUUGACGCGUCGGCGAAAGCGAAUAACGGUGUUUCGUUGAAUGAUCUGCUCAUGGUAGGACCGACCCUCCAAGACUCGUUGUUUACUCACUUGAUUCGAUUCCGUACAUAUAAAUAUGUCCUUACCGCUGACAUAGAAAAAAUGUAUCGGCAGAUAUUGUUACACGAGGAUGAUAGGAUAUAUCAACGUAUACUUUGGCGUCAAAACGAUCAAAUACAAACCUUACAACUUAAUACACUUACGUUCGUGUUGGAUUCUUCGCAGAGUUUUGAUCAGGUCUUGUAA